UUUUGACAAGCAGUUUCAAUUUUCAUGGCACUAUUCUUCGUCUGCUUAUUUUAUAGAUUUAAAAAGUACACUACACUUUAUGAUUUUAAAAUAAACUAAAUAAAUAUGUUAAUUAACGGUAACUUAACUUUAAGAUUUAAAGCAGCUGAAUUGCAUUACUUCAACUGGUUAUACAGUGUGGCACCAUGUUUUGCUGUAAACGCGUCCAAAAUCAAUAUAAUUACUAAUCCGCGGAAGUUCUAUGAUUCUUUAUAUGAAAGGUUUAAAACAGCUAAUCGUCGGAUAUCGGUGGCUAGUUUAUAUAUAGGAACGGGGGCUCUGGAAAGAGAUUUGUUGAAAGUGACAAAGGAAAAUAUGAUGGGGAAUAAGUCAUUGAAAUUGAGUGUUUUGCUGGAUUAUCAGCGAGGAACACGGGGUGAGGUAAACUCGCGGAGCUUAUUACAAGAAUUCCUGACAACUAUUCCAGAGCAGUGUAAUAUUUCUUUAUACCAAACACCUCGGCUCCAUGGCUCUUGGUCCAAAGCUCUGCCAGCCAGAUAUAAUGAGAUUGUGGGUCUUCAGCACAUGAAACUGUAUAUAGCUGAUGACUCGGUACUGUUGAGCGGGGCCAACUGUUCCAAUGAUUACUUUGAGAGGAGACAGGACCGAUAUAUUGAAAUCCAGGAUGCAGACUUGGCUGAUUUUUAUUGUGAACUUAUAGAUGAAAUGAGUAACUACAGCAAAAGAUGUGUUAAGGAUGGUUAUAUUGAAAAUAAGCAUCCUUCAAGAGAAGCUGUGACUCAGGAAGUAAAUGAGAAGAUAAUUAACUUCAUUGAGAGAUGGCAUAACAAGCAGUAUUCAAGCACCUUAUCAAGUGUUACAGAUCCCAAUAAGGACACAUGGGUAUUUCCACUAAUCCAAAUGGGCGAGUUUGAUGUCCGGCAAGACGAAAGAGUGACGCAAGGUUUGCUCGGCUCCGCUCCAUCCAACUCACUCAUCCAACUGGCCACUGGCUAUUUCAACUUGACUGGAGAGUAUGCUGACACUUUGCUGAAGGAUUGCAAAGCAAAUAUUAGUUUGUUGAUGGCUCAUCCAAAUGCAAACGGAUUUAUGGGGGCUUCAGGGCCCGCUGGGGGCAUUCCACACGCAUAUUCCCUGAUAGCAAGAAAAUUCUGGAAUCGAGUAGAGGCGUCUAAUCAAACGAACCGGGUGCAAAUGUUGGAGUAUGAACGACCAGACUGGACAUUCCACGCAAAGGGCUUAUGGUACUACCCGCCGGGUAGUGGGGUCCCUUGGGGCACGCUGGUGGGCUCGGCGAACCUCGGCGAGCGUUCUGUCAAGCGCGACCUCGAGGCGCAGGCUGCCAUUUUCACCGUCUCGUCUGAACUACAGGAAAAACUUCACAAUGAAGUAGCUCUUCUACAUGCGCACGCGGCGGAGUGCAGCCGCGAGCUGCAGGAGCGCUCGGCGCCGCUGUGGGUGCGCGCUACUGUCGGCCUCUUCCGGACAUAUUUCUGAACUAAGGGUGACAGGCAUUCUUACACAGAGCAGCAACUACAUAAUUUUCUUGUUUUGGACCGCACUUGUUUGGGUAUUAGAUCUCAAACUACAUACGACCUAGGUAAUUAGGUAUCGAUGUAUUUCUGGCAGGGUUGCAUGGUGGGCCAUUUACAGAGAGGGUAUCCUCCUAAGGCCAUACAAAUGAAAAAUCCAAAAUUUGCUACUGCAAUUUGAACCUAUGGUGUAGGAAAUAAAGUCGAUUUAGUUUUGUUUGAAAAUUGGACGAAUCAAAACAAAUACAAUCGAAAUGAAUAAGUACUAUAGCUAGAAUCGUGAGCCUUAGGCGGAUACGGCUAGACAAAUAAUCUUCGAGCAACACCGACUUCCAACGCGUUGGAAGCGAGGAGCGAUAUCUUACCGUACAAAUCGUUCUGCCAUUCUUUGCAGGGGAAACGUGCACUCAAUCGCACGUCUCACACACUAUAUACAAAAUCCAAUCUGUAAUGACGACACAAAUACAUAGGAAAUGACACACGUCAAAGACAAAUCUUGCACACCUCGAUCUCUUUUUGUGUACGGACGACACACACCGCGCCGCGCUAUGCCCAGUUGGGCAUGUGCUUCGGCAGAAGAAAAUAGGGCGAAUGCCGACUCUCUGCCCGGUGUUGCUCUUAGGAAAUAGUGGUCGCCAAGAGUUUGAGAAAAGUUAUGUACUUAGUUUUACUCAAAUGGUGUGCGCAGAUUAAUAGCUGUUAGGAAAACUACGACUUAAACGAGAAUACAUAUGAAACCAAACGAUAGAAUUAUAAAUAUGUAGGUAAGCUCGAUAUAAUGGUAAAUUAUUAAUAUAAAUGUAAGUAUUACGAGCAAAUCUCGUAUUUCAUGACACCAAUCAACGUAAUUCGACUGUAGUAGUACCUAAUAUGAGUCAUAUAAUAUAUUACAUAGUUCAUAUUUUUAAUUGUUGUACAUUUUUCAGAAUGAGUGAGUUUUUGUUAAGUUUUAAGAUUGUUUUGUAAGUAUUUUAGCUUUAAUAUCGUUGUAUUUGUUGAGAAAAUGAAUGACUUCGUUA